AUGACUGCCAUGCGGUCUCAGUCGUUCGUCUUUGACCCCCUUCCUGACGGCAAUGGCCUCAAGAUGGCUGCAAACCGAUACACAAGCGGCGAUAGCCCGUUGCAGACUGCUGGUCUGACUUUGAUCUUGGCUCACGGUUCUGGACUGCACAAAGAAUGCUGGGAGCCCACUCUUUCAAAGCUGUUUCAAAUUCAGGCAUCUGAGGAUCGCAGCUGUCGCAUCCGCGAAGCAUGGGCGUUCGAUUGGCAGAGUCAUGGGGACUCUGCGCUAUUGAAUGAGAGCGCUGCGCGCAAAGACCCCAUCAGUACAUUGGAUUGGGGACUGGCUAUCAACGAAUUCGCCAAGUCCGAACAUGUACGAGGUCAUCGUCUGGUCCUCAUAGGACACUCGGCAGGCGCUUCAGCCGUGAUGUGCUGCGCCAAGUUCCACAUCGAAAAACACGUUCUGUACAGUGGGAUCAUCCUCGUGGAACCACUUCUCAUUGACAAGGAUGUCUACCACCAGAACUUGGAGGAUCGUGAGCUUCACAUGAAGGCGGUCGCUAAGAUCGUCGCUUCAGUGCGCAGUGUAUGGAAAAGCACGGACGACGCAUUUCAAUGGAUGAGCCGACGUCCUCCAUGGAACACCUGGGACCCGCGUGUUUUGCGCAUUCAUGCAAAUCAUGGCCUUCGUCCUGCCCGCGACGAGAAGGGCGACGCGUGCGUCGCCGUCAAGUGUUCCGACCGCUACGAGGCCUCCACGUUCAGCGAUUUAGAGAACGUCUUCGCGGCGACGGAUCUGAUCGGCGCCGCAUGCCAAUCCAUGCCUGUCUAUGCGAUUUUUGGAGAGAUCAACGAUUUCGUACCCCGCUACAGCCAGGAUUCGGUCGUCGAUGUGUCCAAGGGAAGGCACGUCCGCUCCAUCAUCAGGAUGCCGGGUGUCGGACAUAUGAUCGUUCAAGAGAAGCCCGAUGUUCUCGCUGCGACACUUUGGGACGUACUUGUUGAUGCCUUCACUUUUCCACAUUCCGCCCGGCUCUGA